CUUUUUUCUCUACUCUUUUCAUGGAAUACUCCAGCACCCUGGAACAAGAAAAAGAAAACCAACAACUAGGGGAAGCAGUGCAGCCAUGGCAAGAAGAGACCGCAGCUUCUCCCCAGGAUCUUGGUCCUGAGUCAUCUGGGCCCUGGGAGGCCGAGUGGACGCCUGAUCCCGGCCCCCUACCCAGGAGCAGCCUUGCUCAGACCCUGGAAUCCGGAGGCCGCGUGGCGGAGCAAGCAGCGUCGUCUUCCCCGACAUCGCCUCAGAGGCCAUUGCCGGCUCUGGCCAGGCAGGACAUCGGGGCCCCACGGCAGCUAAACGGGGUCACCAGGGGGACUCUUGAUGCUGGGACUCCUCUUUCCGACCCGCCCGGGGAAUCAGCUGAUGCGAGGGUAUCGGCUCCCCCAAGCCAGUCGCGUCAGGACACCACUCCGCCAACUCAGCAACCCAAUUCAAGUAGCAAUCCCUCUAAUCCAAAAGAGCUGCGACCUGGCAGUGUCCAGGAGGAGGACUGGAGCAGCCGCCAGAACCGCGCUCAAUCUGGGCCCAGGGCCUCCGAGGCGGCCCCCAGCACGCUUGAGAUUGCGGUGCAGAACGCCAAGGUUUACCUGCUUCGGGACAGCAGCAAGACCGGCUUGAACCUAUAUGAUCAUCUUUCUAACAUGCUGACCAAGAUAUUAGAUGAACGUCCUGAAAAUGCUGUUGACAUCCUUGAAAAUAUCAGUCAAGAUGUGAAAAUGGCACAUUUUAGUAAAAAAUUAGAUACACUCCAAAACGAGAAUGAGAUGCUUCCAACAUAUGAAAUAGCAGAGAGGCAAAAGGCUCUUUUUCUCCAGGGACAUCUGGAAGGAGCUGACCAAGAAAUGGAAGAUGAAAUAGCAGAAAACUCUCUUCCAAAUAUAAUGGAAUCCACUUUUUACUUUGAGCAAGCUGGAGUUGGUUUGGGCACUGAUGAGACUUACCGCAUAUUUCUUGCCCUCAAACAACUUACUGACACCCACCCAGUCCAAAGAUGCCGUUUCUGGGGCAAGAUCCUGGGUUUGGAAGUGAAUUAUCUUGUAGCUGAAGUAGACCUUCGUGAGGGGGAAGAUGAAGAGGAGGUGGAAGAGGAGGAUGUAGCUGAAGCUGAAGAGAGGGACACUGGUGACAGUGAGGCUGACAAAGACGAGGAAGGCGAGUUACCGAAGCCCUUUUACAAGCCUCCACAGGCAAUACCAAAAGAAGAAAGCAGGACAGGUGCCAACAAAUAUGUCUAUUUUGUUUGUAAUGAACCAGGAAGACCGUGGGUAAAGUUACCAUCAGUCACACCUGCACAAAUUGUUACUGCAAGAAAAAUCAAGAAAUUUUUCACUGGACAAUUAGAUGCUCCCAUCAUAAGCUAUCCACCUUUUCCAGGAAAUGAGAGCAAUUACUUACGAGCACAAAUUGCCCGUAUUUCAGCCGGCACCCAUGUCAGUCCUCUGGGAUUCUACCAGUUUGGUGAAGAAGAAGGAGAGGAGGAGGAAGAGGUGGACAGUGGACGAGAUAGCUGUGAGGAAAACCCUGAUUUUGAAGGUAUCCAAGUGCUUGAUCUAGUGGAAUCUCUAUCCAACUGGGUUCAUCAUGUACAGCACAUUCUUCCUCAGGGUCGCUGUACUUGGUUCAACCCCAUACCAAGAAAUGAGGAGGAAGAAGAAGAUGAAGAAGAAAAAGGAGAAGAACCUGACUAUAUAGAACAAGAAGUGGGGCCUCCUCUUUUGACACCAAUCUCUGAAGAUUUAGAGAUUCAAAAUAUACCCGCUUGGACAACACGACUGUCCUCAAGUCUCAUUCCCCAAUAUGCUACUGCAGUCCUUCAAUCCAACGUUUGGCCUGGAGCAUAUGCCUUUUCCACUGGCAAAAAGUUUGAAAAUUUCUACAUAGGCUGGGGUCAUAAAUACAGUGUGGACAAUUAUACCCCCCCAGUCCUACCACCAGUGUAUCAAGAAUACCCCAGUGGAUCAGAAACUACAGAAAUGGACGACCCUAGUGUGGAAGAGGAGCAGGCUUUUAGAGCUGCACAGGAAGCAGCUGAACUUGCAGCUGAGGACAAUGAAGAAACUGGGGAAGACGAAGAUGAUGAUGACAACUGAGAACAAAAUUAGCCUGGUUUUGGGUGGCUAUGGCAAUAACAUAUAUGAUCCCUUAUGCAGGACUAAUUUUGUUUAUAACCAGGAAUUACUUGUACUGCAUAAUUACUUGAAAUUAUCAAGCUUGACAUUUCAUAUACAUAACUAUUAAUAUGUUUAAAGAACAAUGCUCAGAUGGCCAUGGCCAAGGGAAAGCAUGUUUCUAUAUUCUUGUUUUAAAAAUGUCUCAUUUAAUUUCUAAUAUCAUAAACACUGAAAGCUGUAACCCGCAAAACUUCAUGGAAACUUCUACAUUUUGGAAAUGUCAGGGGUAUGGAGAUAAACCCUGCUAACCAGUAAACUAGAUCAUCUACUUUCAUCCUUUGUGAGACUGACCAAGAGCAGGACUCAGCCUCUGUGACUGGCUGUGGUUAAGGCUGUGAUACUGUGUGCAAAUACUGUGGAUGUGUAUUCAUUUUCCUUCUGGAGGGAAUAUUCCUAAUUCUAUGACCCACUCAAAGACUGCAGAACA